AUGUUCGAAAAUUCUCAGAAUCUUUUGAUAACCGGAGGGACAUUCACUGCACAGACAAUCUUUCCUUCUCGAAAUGAGGGACACGAAGGACUUACAUCCAUACAAGACAAAAUUGCUGUGGGAGCCUUUCACAACUCAGCGGAGCGCUAUGACCCACCUAAAUGCCACCCGAAUACGCGCGAGAUUGUUCUCAAGAAAAUCAUGGACUGGGUGAGAGACGCCAACAACUUCUUCAUGUGGUUGUAUGGUCCUGCUGGCGCCGGCAAAUCUGCAAUUGCGCAGACCAUUGCCGAUAUGUGCUACACUGAGGGACUGUUAGUCGCGAGUUUCUUUUUCUCUAGAAAUUCAGUGAACCGGAAAGACGAAACACUGUUGAUUACAACUAUUGCGUAUCAGCUCUCCAUCGCCAUUCCAGAGACCCGCGAACGAAUCGGAAAGGCCGUCGAGCUUGAUCCUAUGAUACUGUCAAAGUCUCUAGAAGCUCAGAUACAGUCACUUAUUGUGGAACCUUUGAAUGAAGCAGCCCUAGAGGACCGAUCAACAACAUCACGACCAAGGCUUAUCAUCAUAGACGGCCUGGACGAGUGCGGCGUGCCCAAAGUACAACGCUACAUUCUUGAUACUUUGCUCUCUGCUUCCCAAAAGCUCUGUCUUCCUCUACUUUUUCUCAUAGCAAGUCGGCCAGAUCCUCAUAUUCGUGAUGCUUUCAAUCAGGACCUGUUAAACUCACUGACGACCCGCAUAGUUCUUGAUGAUUCCUACCAACCCGACGAUGAUAUCAGAGUAUUCCUUCUCUCCAGAUUCAAUGAUGUCAAGAGGAAACACCCGACUCUUAUGCAUCGUCGCCCUCCCUGGCCUGCGCCAAUGGAUGUUGAGCUUCUCGUACAAAAAUCAUCCGGUCAAUUCAUCUAUGCUUCAACAGUCAUGAAAUAUGUUGAUUCACACCAUCACUGGCCUCCUGACCGACUAGAUAUUGCAUUCGGGCUAUCUAUGACAGACGAUAAUACACCUCUUGCCGAGCUAGAUAGGUUCUACCAUCACAUUCUUUCCUCUGUGGCGGACAUCGGCAGAGUGAUAGAUUUCUUCAUGUUUCUCUUGCUUGUUCAAUUCUGGACCAAAACAAGGAACAUCGUAGAAGAUUUCUUGUUCCUCAGACGGGGUGAACUGGACAUUGUCCUUUGUGAUCUCCAUUCCCUUGUUUCGAUACCCGAGCCAGAAGAUGAAUCCACUGAGCUGAGGGUCUUCCAUGCAUCCUUUCCUGACUUUCUGCUCGAUCGCUCUCGCUCUGGAAAAUUCCACCUCAAUGCCGCCAGUGCGUCUGCCAGGAUCGUGAGGUACUGCAUACGCCACUUCAAAGAUCCCAACGUCAUGUGCCAAGACGGGAUCAACCACCAUAACAUCCGUUCACUGUUCAUGCUUCAAAUUUUGACAGCAGAAAUAACCACCCAACUCUUGGACGAUGUGUGUGACGUCGACAUGGGUAUGCAGUUAUCAUUUUGGACAUCCGACGACAAUGUUAUUGGGGUGUACGAGCACGAUAACAAGCGACUCAUUUCCUUUCUGAUGUGGCUGGCAUCGCAGCAUCAUCGUGGAAUGUCGUUACUGCGUUUUUUCAAUGGCCCAGUGGACCAAUGGAUUCUCAGCAGAAUUCGGGAUUAUCCCCACCAAUAUCUAUUUAACCUGCUUCUUACAGCAGGAACUUUAACCAAUUUUACCACUACAGAUAUAUUCACCAUUCUGGGACCCGAGUCUGUGGCGACCAUGGAUAUCAAUUCCAGCAUCCAAAAACCCCGACGUUUCGAUCCUCUUCAAAUUUAUUCCCCAAAGGACGAAUACAAACCUUUCUAUAGCAUAUUAACCGAGUUUCUGAGAGACGCUAGUCGGUCAAAGGAUUUUUACGUUGGUGAAAACCAUUAUGCAACACUCUCUAUUUAUGUUGCUGUGUUUCUCAUCCACAACAUAAUGAGGCCACCACCGGUUAAUACCAAUCCUCAGACGAUACACCCGAGAGCUAGUCAGGAGGCCCAAAAGCUAGGUUGUUACCUGCUUACAGAGAGCCUACUUAAGUCACCGAAUUCGCCAGACCUUGCCAGAGUAUUGCAAAAUUACAACCCAAGGAUAGAAUCCAUUGCACCACUCAACGAGGAUAUUGAAAAAUCCGUUGGUGCAGCUUUUGAGUAUUUAAGGUCGACCUACAGAGAUUCCAAAACAGAGGCAAUCCGGACACGCUCCUCUACAUUGCUUACCAGAACAUGA